CUGCCCAGUCAGCUCUUUCGUAGAUUCAUCUGGGUCUGCGAGGCGUGAGCGGCGGCGAGCUGUUGAAUCACUUCAUUGGAAAGAUGAAAAGUCUAAAAUUUAUAUGAUUGUUACUUAUUGACUCAAAAAAUUGUUUCAAUAGCUCAAAAAUUGUUUCGAAAACGGGCUAUCAAAAUCACGCAAAUCUGUGUAUCAAAUGGCGCCUGCUCGGAAAUCCAUUCAAGUGUUGUUGUGAUGUGAGCUUAGGAUGGUCACACUCACACGUAUAUGCAUUAUGCUCUUCUCUCCCCCAUUUCUUUUCUGCAGACGGUAUUAUUUCUGCUGAGUAAUUCAGAGGAGUUAUCCAAUCUUUCUUUGAGCGGUUAUUAUGCUGCUUCGGCUCAACGAAAUGGUAUGAUAAUCAUUUUAUACAAAAUAUAAAAUGCCAAAUGUUGUAUGCUUCAGACAAAUGAUUACCAUUCCAGCGAUUGUCCUACUUUUUUUUAUUUAUAGAAAGAACCACAAAUCCUGUCAUAUACCACAUGUGUUUAUUCGAAUUCACUGUACUGUUCAAUGAACAACGAUUCAAAUGCGCCCAUCAUAUGCUCUCUCCAUUGAAUUCUUCAUACUCCAUAUUCUCCCCUCUGAGGUUGAAAAUAAAUAUUAAUUCUAUCAAGUGUUUGUACAGUCACCACUACCUACAGUAAUUCAAAAAACAGUUCUCUGGGCACUGAACGAGAAGAAUCUCAAAUACACCAAAUAUGAGAUGGACGUUACAAAUGAUGAGCAUUUCACGGGAUGGUUCCUGGAAUUGAAUCCAAGAGGAGAGUUGCCGGUAUUACAGAAUGGCGUUCUUAUUGUGGCUGGAUCUAAUAAAAUAUUAGACUAUCUCGAGCACUAUUUUCCGAAAGAGAAACCUCUGGGGAUACCAUGGAACGCAGAUGAAAAGAUUACAAGCUUCAAAACAUUCUUAGACAAAGUACCCGUAGGAAUAUUAACCAUCGGAUCAUUCCUGCAUCCUCAGGCCGUGGCUUCACCCAAAUCGCCAUUCGUCCAGCCGGUUCGGUAUACGAUACUCGAGCGAGACGAAACAGUAAGCAGUCGCCUGAGAACGUAUGCCGAAACAUUUCCAGCCCAAGCCGAAGUUCUUUUGAAGAAGGCAGAUUUCCACGAUCAUAAACGUGAACUCCUCGGAAAGGAACAGUUUUAUCGCAAAUUACUCGACGAACUGAAUGAAUUCCUCAAUGAGGUAGAGCUAGAAUUAGCAGAACGAACUGUUAUUGAGCCCAAAUGGAUUGCUGGUGAUGAUUUUACAGUUGUGGACAUCGGAUUAGGGUGCCUGCUUUAUCGUUUAUAUGUGCUGGGGCUUGAAGAUUGGAUCUGGACUGGCGGUAAGAAGCCGGAACUAGAAAAAUAUUUCAACAAUUUAAUGGCUACCAGCAGUUUUCAAAAGAUUCUUCCAACAAAAACGUCUCUGCUGAAAACAAUUUGGUUGAAUACGCCAUCAACAUAUAAGGCAGGGAUAGCAGCUUUUUCUUUCUCGUCUAUGAUUAUUGGGUCUACGUUACUUAAGAGAUAACACUCGUUUCUGAAAAAUACCAUGUGCAAAACAUAGAAAUUUAUUACAUAUCACCUCGAUUUCAAUAGUUUAAAACUAUUACUUUAACUGUAUAUAUCCGAAAAAACAAUUUUGACUUUUUUUUUCCAAAAAGGUAUCAAACAAUUAGUUACUAUUAAUGAAUUAACUGGAUAAAUAUAUAGCUAUUCCUGUGCGAAUUAUACGAACAAACGUUUUCCUUUCAUAGCCACAAAAAGUAAGUGUAGAUAAAGCUGGAUAAACUUAACAAAGAACACAUAAAUAAAGCUAAACAAAAAUGUCACUGCACAAAACAAAAGAAGAAAUGCUUGCCUUCUAUAAGUAAAGGUCGUAAUUGAUUACUUAAAUUAAACAGGUGGUAAAGAUUCGCUUCAAAAGCACUUCCAUUUCUACAACAGCAAGUUUCUAGGCCAAUGAAGUAAUUACAUACAUUCGAAAGGUUAAAUUUGGAAAACAGAGGGUAAGGUUGAUAUCAAUAGUCCUAUAACACAUUGAUAACUUCAACUGCUGAAAGCUAUAUUUACAAAAUUCUGUCCAAAAACGCAAAUUUU